AUGGCUACGUCCAUCGCGUCUCAAGCGUCUGUACAUGAGCCGACGAUCGAAGACAAUCCCAGGUACGACCUCACUACUCGCACUGUGUUUGCAAAGUUCCUAACCAUGAUCGACAGUGUUGAAGAGGAUAAUCCAUUGAAUGGAGUCACACAGGAAAAUGCCAUCAGAUUUCACAUGAAAUACGAUCUACCAGUCGAGCAGGAUGUAUUUGUCCGCGGCGUUCUUGCCUUGCGGUCGCAGGUCGACAUAAAGCCUGUAUUCGAACGUAUCCAAACGCGGCGUAGAGAGCACCCCAACGAACCGCGCAGGCCCAUCGAGUUGCAUGUCGGCGAGCAGAGAUACACAAGAUUGGAAAGUGAAGUUCUAUACAAGGCCUUCCUGCCACAGACAAUGACGCAGGGUUGGGACCAAGCUGCUAUGGCUGGAGCUGCUAUCGAAGUAAUGCAUGAUCUAGGUAGAAAUACCACCGCCGCAUGCUCCGGCUUCGACGUCCCGAACACAGCGGACGGCCAGCCCAAUGCCAGUCUCGAUCGUAAUGCCUGGCUGCUGGGAGUCACAGUCGGAGUACCAUUCUUCGCUGGUGCAAUACUAGGUCUAAUCAUUACCGACCCAAUCACCAGAAUCCUCCGCUUUGGCCGUCGAGGGGCUAUAUGUGUUGCUGGCAUAUUCAGCUUCAUAUCGGUUGUAGGCUCUGCUUCCGUGCACAAAUGGGAGCAUCUCCUCGGUUUCAGAAUCCUGUUGGGCGCCGGCAUGGCAGGCAAAGCCUCUAUUGUUCCUAUCCUGCUUUCCGAAACCUCGCCCAAAGACGUACGCGGCUUUCUGCUGGUUUUCUGGCAACUUUUUGUCGCAUUUGGGCUAGCCGCUGGAUCAGUUGCCAACAUGGCCGUGUAUCGCCUCAAUGUUAAUUCGAGCUGGCGAUACAUGUUCAUCUCUGCCUUCAUCCCCGCAUUGAUAUUACUAUCAUUGAUCCUCUUUUCCCCUGAAUCCCCUCGAUGGCUAUUGAAGGAAAGCGGCGCCGUGGGAAAACUUUCAAACGGCAAACGUUCUAAGAACGAUCCUCGCAGAGGAGACCUCAUUCGAGAGGCGUACAAGUCCCUUGUCGAUCUUCGAGGCGAAGAUGUUCCCAUAAUUGCUGCUGGCGAGCUGUUCCUCAUGCAUACGCGUCUGAUUGAUGAGCAGCGUCGACUGAAGGCAGCAUUGGGUCGCCGGUCAUAUACUUCUAGUGCGGCCGACAGGACUACAAACGCAAAGAGCCCCUUCCUUGAUGUCAUUCAACACAUAAGCUGGCGAGAGAGAGUCACGUUGAUUUUCUUCCGCUCCGGCUACACGAACAGAGCACAUCGAGCUGCAAUCGCGGUAAUGGUCUCACAACAACUGUGCGGUAUCAACUUGAUAGCUUUCAUGGCUGACCAUUUUUUUCGGUACUCCUUCUUCAACAACAAAUGUGACACGUCAACCGACCAGAAAAUGCAGCUACUGGGCGCCUCCCUUGGAUUGAUGUUUUUGAACUUCAUAGCUACAAUCCCCGCUCUGUUCGUUAUCGACAUUCCUGAUGGACGGCGACGAGUUUUGAACUGGUCAUUCCCAGUUAUGGCCUUGUCCCUGCUGGGCUCUGCCUUAGUUCUGAAGAUACCGGAGAAGAUCAUAAUCGAUGGGAAGAAUCGGACGACCCGGCCAGAUACUGGAGCCAUCGCUGGGCACUACAUUUUCUUGGUCGUGUUCAUGAUCGCAUAUUCCAUCGGAGAAGGCCCAGCAGCUUUCGUUAUCUCAGCCGAAGUAUUCCCGCUUGUUAAUCGUGAACUUGGUAUGAGUCUUGCUGUAUGUUGGAAUUUCAUUGGGGCCGGACUUCUCGCUGUCCUAUCCCCCUGGCUUCUGAUCAAGCUUGGUCCGUUGAGCGUGCUCUUGUUGUUCGCAGGCACUAAUAUCCUCGCAUGGUUCCUAUGUUUCUGGCUUGUUCCCAGUACUGGUAAAGAGGAUCUGGAACAAGUGUUCGAGCAGCUCGAUAUCACCACCGGCUUCAUGUUCAUCUACACUCUCAAGAAAAUCUCGCGUGGACUCACCAAACCAGUGGAGUUCUGCUUGCGGUUGUUCUCUAAGCCUCUGAAAGAGUGUGGCUACCCAGAGAGACUCGGGUCACCAAGGAAGGAGUGGGACAAUGCGAAGAAGGCACAACAAUCGAAGGCCAUGCCCACCAAUACUGCGGGUUCUGCAUACUCAAGCGAAGAUGAGGUAGAUGAGAUGAUGCGCAUACGACGCCGACGAGCGUCUCACAACUUCCAAGAUCCACAUGCGCCCAUUCAGUCAGGUUCUCUCGAACGAGAAGUAUCGUCAGCACAACAACCCGAGGUUGCGCACGACGCAGAACCCAAUUGA